AUGGCAAUGGCCACUGCCGUUGAAGCAGGUGCUAUCAACCAGAGAGCUACCCCCACUCAGCCUGAUUGGUUCCAAACUUCGCCCGAUCUCUACACUGGUACUGUCGCGACUGGAACUGCUCCUUUCCUUGCUGAGAUUAACCCGGCGCCUUUCGGCGAUGCUACCUAUGUUCCCAAUGCUCCAUUGGAGACGUCGGAACCCAUUGAGGGUGCUAAUGGGCGGAAUAUCUUUCACCUCAUGGGUGAUCUGAGCCCAUAUUUCUCGCCGUCCGAGGGUUUUGGAGUGAAUGAGUACCCUUUGCCAAAGGGUGCUAACAUCACUCAGAUGCACAUGCUUCAACGCCACGGUGCACGAUACCCCUCAUCGUCGGAAGGCCUGGACUCUUGGGGCGCCACCAUCGCCAAUGCCACCGCCAAAGGGACCGUCUUCAAAGGCAAACUUGACUUCUUGAAUGACUGGUCAUACAAACUGGGCAAGGAGAUUCUUGUUCCCCAAGGUCGUCAGGAGUUAUUCGACGCUGGUGUCCUGAACUUCUACAACUACGGCUAUCUAUACGAUAACACCACCUCAAAGAUCGUUGUUCGCACAACCCUGCAGUCUCGGAUGUUGGAGAGCUGUGAGAUUUUCUUGGCCGGCUUCUUCGGGUUGAGCUGGAGGGACCAUGCCAACAUUCUGGCCACCAUUGACCCAGCAACAACCGGAGAAAUUUCUUGCACCAAAGAGGCGGAGACCAUGACGCAGUCAGUUGAAGUUCCAGUCGGUACCUGGAUGGCGACUUAUCUCAAGGAGCGAACGGCGGAGCUGAAGAAGCUGACGGGCAACUAUAACUGGACUGUGACUGACACAUCCCACGCGCAGGCUCUCUGCCCUUACGAGACUAUCAGUCUCGGCUAUAGUGAUUUCUGCCAGUUGUUCACCUACGAUGAUUGGGUGAACUAUGCUUAUCUCAUGGAUCUUGAGUUUGCGGGUCUUUCUGGGUUCCAUAGCCCUACUGGUCGUGCUCAGGGAAUUGCCUGGGUUCAAGAGUUCCUGGCUCGCGUCGAAGGCCAUCUGCUGGAUGUUCCUGCCAACACCACCGGAGCUAACAUGACUCUUGAUACGAACCCUGUCACCUUCCCCCUUGACCAGAAGCUGUACUUGGAGUUUACCCAUGAUGCCAACAUUGUCUCCGUCUUGACUGCCUUCGGUCUGACUCAAUUUGCCGACGCCCUCCCACUCACUGGCCCCACCAAGAACCAGCAGUUCCACACCAGCCGGAUCGUUCCAUUCGCGGGACGUCUGAACAUUGAGAUCAUCUCGGCACCGCACAAGGUCUCAACCAAGCGCUCCUCCAAGGCCACCAAGAACGGCGACUACAUUGCCGGUACUGCCCCGACCAAGUACGUUCAUUUCAUUCAGAACCAGCGUACCAUUCCGCUACACUCGAGUUUCAACGAGUGUGAGUAUCGUGAGGAUGGCUGGUGUGAGCUGUCAACCUUCCUGAAUGUCCAAAAGCAGAAUUUGAAGAAUGCUGAGUAUCAGUAUGCCUGCUUUGGUAACUGGACUAUGAAGAGUUGGGGUGCCGUUACGAAUGGUGUUCCUGCAUAA